AAUUACAUCAUGAAUCAUAUCGUGCAAACAUGGAACGCAAAAUUUUCGAACAAAACCAAGUCGCCGACGUGCAAGGGAAUAUUAUCGUCGGAAAUCAUUGGGUCACCAAUAAUGGCUGAUUGCGGUUCCUGGAGAUCUAGAAUGCUCGCUAAGGUGAAAGACUGCGGCAACGCCAUUAAGAACGCGAUGGCCUUCGACAAGCAGCCGAACACCUUUGAAACUACGCGAAUAGCCGGUAAGAAUUGCCAGAGCAAUUCUUCCAUCCUCUCGAGAGCAACGACUUCUGUGUCCUCAAUACCGGAUAUCAUAACGUUUAGUAGUAUCGCGUUAAAGUACGAAGAGUACGAGGACGUGCCGGUUCUAACAAGGGACUGUGUACCGAAUUCAGACGAAGCAGAGAAAUUGGCCACGUCCGUAAAAUGGAACGGCCAAACUAACAAUACGAAUAAUUCGUUAAAGCGGUUUGUUUCGGCGGAUAACAUAACCAGCAGUUCGUUAAAAUCUUUUCUGGCGCUGGAGAAGCAGAUCAAGGAGGAGUUUUUGAACGAGGAAGAGAACCCGUUCACGAACAAAAAGAAAAUUUCCGCAGAACCAUUUCUUUCCUACGCGGAAGGCACUGCGGAAUUCAUUUGGUCGGACGAUACAAUGGAGGAAAGCAUUUCUGGAACAGCAUGGAACUCGACAGAACGUUCGAACUCGUUCGAUAUCGGAAAUCCAUGCACAAACUCGACGUUCUGCGAGGAGUCUUAUGUAAAUAAAAAUUGUACAUCUUCCCCGAUUCAGAUCUGUCCUUUACGGGAUUCCGGUUUCGAAAAUAAUUUCUCGGUAUAA